UUUAUCCGAUAGAGGACACUUUAGUUACGUCGAAUGUUGUUCAUUUUGUCGUCUGUUGUUAUUAGAUAGAGUUUUCAAAGAUCGAAUUUUAUAGAAAAUGGCUUUAAAAACAGUAGUUGGAAUGAAAAUUAUGAAUGAUGUUAUUCGUACUGUUAAAAAAAAGGGUGAAUGGAAAGUUUUAGUAGUAGAUCAACUUGGAAUGAGGAUGAUUUCUGCAUGUUGUAAAAUGCAUGAAAUAGCUUCUGAAGGAAUUACAAUUGUGGAAGAUAUCCACAAGAGAAGAGAACCAUUACCUAAUAUGGAAGCAGUAUACCUUAUAUCACCUAUAGAUGCGUCUAUACGAUUAUUGAUGAAUGACUUCCAACCAACCACACGCCAGGCUUACCGCUGUGCCCAUGUUUUCUUCACAGAAGCUUGUCCUGAUGAACGCUUCAAUGAAAUAUGCAAGUCUGCUUGUGCAAAAUACAUCAAAACUCUAAAAGAAAUAAAUAUUGCAUUUCUACCUUAUGAAUCCCAAGUAUUUUGCUUAGACUCCGCUGAAGCAUUUCAAUAUUAUUAUAACCCAUCUCAAGCAUCAGAACACACUAGUGUGCUGGAACGUGUGGCUGAGCAAGUAGCUACAUUGUGUGCCACUUUGGGAGAAUAUCCAUCAAUAAGAUAUCGAAGUGAUUUUGAUCGAAAUGUUGAAUUAGCUCAGUUGAUUCAACAGAAACUUGAUGCUUAUAAGGCUGAUGAACCAACAAUGGGAGAAGUAACGCUAUCUACUUUGAAAAAAGGUUCUGAUGCUGAAAUGAGAUAUCUCAGCUCAACCAGUCAAGGUCAGCACAUCACAACCAGAGAUAUGUCAGGAAUAACACGGGACAGACAAGUAACUAAGCAGUUGAAAAAAUUUAUUGAGAGCAAACGAAUGGCACCUUCUACCGAUAAAGCAAGUAUGAAAGAUUUAUCCACUAUGAUUAAGAAAAUGCCUCAGUACCAAAAAGAAUUGAGCAAAUAUUCUACUCAUCUUCAUUUGGCUGAGGAUUGCAUGAAGAUGUAUCAGGGCUAUGUAGAUAAAUUAUGUAAAGUUGAACAAGAUCUGGCUAUGGGAACUGAUGCUGAAGGAGAAAAAAUAAAGGAUCCAAUGAGAAAUAUUGUUCCUAUUUUAUUAGAUGGAAAUGUUACAAAUGCUGAUAAAAUUAGAAUUAUCCUUCUUUACAUACUUUCCAAAAACGGAAUAUCUGAAGAAAAUUUAGCAAAACUUAUACAACAUGCCCAAAUACCACCAGCAGAGAAGGCUAUUAUUACUAAUAUGGCUGCACUUGGUGUGAAUAUUGUAACAGAUGGAAGUCGGAAAAAGAUCUAUCAGGUUCCCAGAAAGGAGCGAAUAACUGAACAGACAUAUCAGAUGUCUAGAUGGACACCGGUUCUCAAAGAUAUUAUUGAAGAUUCUAUUGAGGACAAAUUGGAUACAAAACAUUUUCCUUUCCUCUCUGGAAGAGUAGCACCUUCAAAUUAUGGUAGAUCAGCACCAACAAGUGUUCGUUAUGGCCACUGGCACAAAGAUAAAAAUACUCCAAAUAUAAAAAAUGUUCCUCGUAUGAUUGUAUUUGUCAUUGGAGGUUGCUGUUAUUCAGAAAUGCGAUGUGCAUAUGAAAUUACCAAAGAAUUAAAAAAUUGGGAAGUGAUUAUUGGUAAGUUUUUAUAUUUCUAUUCAUAAUAAUACAAUUGUGUUUGUAUACAUGUAUU